AUGACGGGCCCGAUUCACACCUACGGUCAAAGCUGUUUGCUAUCGGAUGAGGAAUCAGAUCUUACCAGCUUCCAGACACGUCCUGACCCACCAGAGAUCCAGGCACAGUUCUUUUACGUCUCAUCGUUGCCAAUCGAUGACCCACUAGCUGCUCUGCCUCCGCCAGCCAGUCAAGGAGCUGGGAGUGAAAGGAUACCACCCAAGCCCUUUUCCGCUAGGGAUAACAUCGCCUUGGAGGAUGCUUGGCGCGAUCUGCGGGAGGCGAGGAAAACCAAACUCGCGGGACAACAUGGCUCUAGGCCUCCAACUUCGACAGGGCCUCCUGGAAUAGCUGUGCCAGGUCAUGAAUUAGAAUCGAACGUUCAGAGCCACCCAAAGGCUUCUAUUCGAGAAGAUCCUGAGUUUAUCAGCAGCAGGGGAAGUGCUGUCAGCAAUACUCCUCCAUUCCCAGACGAUGUACCUUCUCGAAGUCACAAGUCUCAGCUCGCAUUCACGACUAGUUCUGGGGUGCGAGCGCAUGCUUUUGGAAAAAUAGACCGAGUGGGAUCAUCUCUUGAUGAUGGCAUGGGAUAUAAUAUUCCUGCGGCUAGUUCUAUCGAUCAGAAACGAGCGCGGUCUUCCUCUGUGAAUGAGUCUAGCGCGACCAAGCGCAGAAGCAGCUCUAAUUUGGAUCCAGAGGACGCAGAUGAGGAGAUGAGCGGUGUACGCGCCAAUCGUUCUCGUGAUGCAAGUAUCAGUGGCUCGCCUUUCCUACGAGCGCCUACCUCUCAGUCUCAUACACCACUCGGUCGGUCGUAUGAGUCUACUUCCUCGAAGGACAGAAGGCUGGAUUUGCAGGCUGAAGUGCUAGUCAGUUCUACUCCUCGGAGUGUACCGAAGCCUUCUGGCCUCAGAACGACUGUGAGUCUGGAUCAAUUGACUCAAGACUCGCAAGGUGAGCGGACAGAAGAGCCAAAUACGCAAUCAAAAAUUCCAGUGGGUGUUUCACGACUUCACUUAGUGGAACUGCCGAAUCUCAAAAUGAAACCCAUUUAUUGGAGCCCUCUCCAGGACAUAUCGACUGUUGUUCGAGCAACUUGGUUUUACAAAAACACUAUGUACCCUGUUGAGGCGGACCUUGCAAACAAAUUGGAGGAAGGUUACGUCUAUUUGAAACCUUGGAGUGAUACUUGGCAGGAUGAGCUGAACAGCUGUGUGGAAAACGGUGCUGAUGCUGAAAUGAAAGUCGUUCAUCCAUUGUGGACAAAGGAGGAACAACGACUUAAAGCUGAACCGAAUCCUGCAACAGGUGACCUUGAAUCGACUGGAGCAGAUGAUAUCUUGAUAUUUGACAACAACGAAGCCGCUGGCGGCACUUCUCUUCAAUCUGAGAAUAUCAAGCCCUAUCUCACUUCUAGUGCCAUUUUCGUCGACGCGGUAAACGCUCAGGUUCUUCGACCCAGCCUCCUUCCCUCAUCUUCGAGGGGACGAAAACCGCUGGGGGCGAUCAGAAAAGGGAGGCAGAUAGGGAUACCGGUGGUGCGAGGCUUUAGUCGAAAGCUAUGGGAGCAACUGCACCCGUCCAAGCCCAAUCCCAUCGAUGUGCGCCAUUACGUCCGCAAAACCCAAUCCCGAAAUCCCUCUGCGCCAGGUGAGCAAGUUUGCUACGCUUGCAAGAUGGAAGAGUCCCGACCGCCCCCGACAGACUUGGUACUCGUCAUUCACGGUAUCGGGCAGAAGUUAUCUGAAAGAAUGGAAAGCUUCCAUUUCACGCACGCUAUCAAUGCAUUCCGACGAGAAGUCAAUAUGGAGCUAAAUAAUGAACCGGUCUGGCCACAUGUGCGCCAAGACCAUGGAGGAAUCAUGGUACUUCCCGUGAACUGGCGCACGAAGCUGUCUCUGGAUGACCCCGAUAUUGAAGCAAGCGUUGAGGACCCAACUGCAAAUAACUUCUCACUGGAAGAUAUCACUCCUCAGACACUUCCAGCUGUUCGAUCGUUGAUAAGUGACGUGAUGCUUGACAUUCCAUACUAUUUGUCACAUCAUAAACCAAAGAUGGUCAAAGCAGUGGUCAGAGAAGCUAAUCGCGUGUACCGCCUCUGGUGUAAAAACAACCCAGGGUUCCAGGAGAAUGGGCGUGUACACCUCCUCGCUCAUUCCCUGGGAAGUGUGAUGGCUAUCGACAUUCUCAGUAAUCAGCCAACACAUGUCCCUCGCUUUGACUUCUCCGAUACUGCACUGCACAGUGACAUCUUCGAGUUUGACACAAGACAUCUUUUCCUUUGUGGAAGCCCAGUUGGUUUCUUCCUCCUUCUAAAUAAAGCCAGCCUCCUACCCCGCAAAGGCAGAGAUAAAAUAGGCAGUGAUGGCGACGACAGAUUGCGUGGUGUAGCGGGCGAACCAGGCCAUUAUGGCUGUCUCGCGGUGGAUAAUCUAUACAAUAUCAUGCACACUACCGACCCAAUCGCCUACCGCGUCAACGCAGCAGUUGACAGCGACCUCUCCAACUCUCUAAAAAUGGCCUCAAUCCCCAGCUCCAGCUCAACAUUUUGGCAAUCUUUCGGCAGUGUUUUCCGCUGGAGUACAGCACCAAUCUCAUUCCUCCCAUCAGCAGCACCAACACGACCCGCAGCAGUCUCAAAACUCCCUUCAAACGUGGAACUCGAAACACACGACUUCACUCGCGAGGAAAUUGCCGAGAAACGCAUGCUUCUCCUCAACGAGAAUGGCCAGAUUGACUAUUACCUUUCUGGGGGCGGGGGCCCACUGAAUAUUCAGUACCUCAAUAUGCUGAGUGCGCAUAGUAGUUACUGGACUCUUGGGGAUUUUGUAAGGUUUUUGGUUGUUGAGAUUGCUAGAAAGCAGGGACGUGAGGGGACUUUACUUGCUUUUCGGGCUGAGAAGAAGAAGGGGUGGAAAUACUCUAAGGGGGCUAUUUAG